AUGCACGCCUCAUCAUUGCUGCUGGCCUCUGUGGCCGCCGUCGCCGUCAUGGCCUCGCCGAGUUACCCCGAGCUGACGAGCAACAAUGCCAUGCCCGGUGCUCUCGACACUGUCUCCAGCUACUUCAACGUGCUAGCUGAGAAAGCCCAGCAGACUCGCCAGUCUGCAGCUGCACCCGUCUGCGAUCUUUCCAAGGCUGUCUUCCCCGCCAAUUCCGCCACACCGGCCCUGCCUCCGCCCUCGGCUGGCCUUGUCCUCAAGCACGUCGCCAUCGGCCGCGGUACCCAGAACUACACCUGCGACGUCGCAAACGCGACCGCCGUCCCCGUCGCGGCCGGCGCCCUGGCCACCCUCUUCAAUGCCAGCUGCGUCGCCGCCAGCUAUCCCGACGUCCUCGACCUGCUGCCCCGCGUCGUCCUGCCCUUCAACUUGUCAGACAAUGAGAUUUCCGCCUUUUCCACCCGCCUCUACCCGACCAACCUUGCUCUGUCGGGCCACCACUACUUUAAGACGGCCACAACGGCGUUUUUCGACCUGGACACCCCCACCACCCAGGUCGGCCAGAUCCCCUGCGGCAAGACAGCCACCCAGAGUGCGCCCAGCGACACGGUUGUGGGCUCUGAUUCGGACAACCGCGGCCAGCAGGGCGAGGCGGCCGUGGCAUGGCUGAAGCUGGCGGCCACGGCGCCCACGACAGGCGGCCUGCAAGAGGUGUACCGGCUGCAGACCGUCGGCGGCAGCCCGCCAGCAAAGUGUGCCGGCAUGCCGGCUGAGUUUACGGUGCAGUACGCAGCUCAGUACUGGUUUUACGAGACCAGCUAA